UGCCGCAGGAUCCACAAGGACAUGCUGCUGGAGCUGACCAAGGAGCUGAUGAAGGACCUGGGCGUGACGGCCGUGGGCGACGUCAUCGCCAUCCUAUCCUGGGAUCCCCCAGGAAUCCACUGUGGGGCCGGGAUCCCCAAAUGGGAUCCCCAGCCGGGGAUUUUCCUGCCCAGGAGAUCCCAGGAUCCCUCAGGGAUCCACUGCGGCUCCGGCCCCGCGGCGGCUCCGGCGGCUCCGCGGCAGCGCCGGGUGACGGCGGCGGCGCCGGGGCGCUACCGGAUCUCCGCGCCCGAGCGCCGGAUCCCGCGGCAGAUCCCGCGGCUGAUCCCGCGGCAGAUCCCAGGUGCGGAUCCCCGGCGGAUCCCCGGCGGAUCCCCGAUCCCGCAGCCCCGCACUUCCCUGCUGGGAAAGGGCAGGGGAUCCCGAAUUUCCCCUCCUGGGUCCUGGAAUUCCCCUCCCGAAUCCCAGAUUUCCCAUCCAGAUCCCAGAUUUCCCCUCCUGGAUCUCAGAUUUCCCCUCCAGAUCCCAGAUUUCCUCUCCUGGAUCCCGGAUUUCUCUUCCAGAUCCCAGAAUUUCCUUCGAUCAGGAGUUGGGAUCCAGAGCGGGAUCAGGCUCAGGGACCCAGGGCGGGAUCUGGGACCCACUGGGGGAUCCGGGAUCCACCCUGGACCGACUGGGGGAUCCGGGAUCCACCCUGCACCCACUGGGGGAUCCGGGAUCCACCCUGCACCCACUGGGGGAUCCGGGAUCCACCCUGCACCCGCGUCCCCGCAGCCCUCGGGGGUGUUCAGCCGCCUGGGCGCGGCACCGGGGGACUCGCCGGGGGAUCCGCCGGGGGAUCGGCCGGGGGAUCCGGCGGAUCCCGAGGCGCUGCCGUACGCCGGCGUGCUGAAGCGGCGCCGCGAGGGCGCCGGGCCGGCGGCGCAGGACGGCGCCGUGUCCAGCAGCAGCUCCGGUGGCGUCUUCCGCAGGCUGGGCCGCCCGCCCCGCUGAGAGCCCGUCCCGGGGAUCCACCGGGAUCCACCGGGAUCCACCGGGAUCCACCGGCAACAAGAACUGGGGUCCCUGCGAGAGGGGAUCCUGCUGGAUCCGCUGGGAUCCACUGGCAACAAGAACUGGGGUCCCUGCGAGAGGGGAUCCCACUGGAUCUUCCGGGAUCCCCUUGGAAUCAGCAGGAAUUGGCCGGGAUCUGCCAGGAUCCAAUGGGCGAGAGCCGGUCCCGGGGAUCCACCGGGAUCCACUGGCAACAAGAACUGGGGUCCCUGGCAGUGGGGAUCCUGCCGGAUCCACUGGGAUCCCCUUGGAAUCAGCGGGAAUGGGCUGGGAUCUGCCAGGAUCUGAUGGGAGCGACGGCGAGAGCGGAUCCACUGGGAUCCACCGGGAUCCACCGGGACUGGCAACAAGAACUGGGGUCCCUGCGAGAGGGGAUCCCGCUGGAUCCACCGGGAUCUGCCGGGAUCCACUGGCAACAAGAACUGGGGUCCCUGCGAGAGGGGAUCCUGCUGGAUCUGCGGGGAUCCCCUUGGAAUCAGCGGGAAUUGGCUGGGAUCUGCUGGAAUCUGAUGGGAGCAACGGCGAGAGCGGAUCCACUGGGAUCCACCGGGAUCCACCGGGACUGGCAACAAGAACUGGGGGCCCUGCGAGGGGGGAUCCUGCUGGGAUCCCGCCGGGAUCAGCCGGGAUCUGGCGGGACGGGUGGCGAGAUCGGGGAUCCUUGUGAGUGGGGAUCUGGCCGGAUCCACCGGGAUCCCCCUGGAAUCCGCCGGGACCGGCACCAGGAGCGGGGAUCUGUGUGUGUGAGUGGGGAUCCAGCUGGGAUCGACCCCGGGGGAUCCCUCGGGAUUGAGCGGGAAUAGAGGGGAUCCCCUGGGGAAAAAAGGGGGGGAUCCAGCUGGAAUCGAGGGGGAUCCAGCCGGAAUCGAGGGGGGAUCCCCUGGGAAUC